GUAGCACAGUUGUUAAGUGAAUCUGGCUUUCCCAUUGACUUUGCUUGCUGGGUCAUAAAAGGUGAUCACUUAAUCGAUCCGAAAAGAAGACACUGGGUUUACCCUAAUCACAUAAUCUAAUCAAUUUAUUUCUUUGGCCGGGCUUGGGUAUUUUUCAAAGAUUCCUGAAAUUCCUUGAACAGAUUUUAGUGAUUUCUAAUCUAUUCAUUUAAUAUAUUUUGCCAACAUGAUGGCCACGUAAUUUGAUGCAGCUAAUAAUAGUAGAGUUUAGGGCUAAUUUGCUUAACAUUUUAAGCACAAAAGCUGGGCCAUUGAUUUAAAGCUGCAAGCAAAUUUUCCAGAAAUAUCCACAUUUCAGAUACUCUCAGAGGUGGGUUCCUACCGGUUCGGACCAGUUCAGCCGAGAAGGUAGUAACUUGGCCUGCCAUAUCCCUGAAUUGGUUCUAUUGAUGGCACCAUCUUGAUUUUCGGUUCUGCACAUGUGCAGAACAAUCUUCAUUGCAAUUUCCCCCCCUUUUCUAACGUUGUGUGCAUGCGCAGACCUUUUUAGGUGCAAAUGCACAUGCAUGCAGAGCAUGCAUUUGACGCACAAGCGAAGAGUGUGCAUAAAAUAUUUUGCACGCCAAACCAGCAGUAAUGCCAGCAGCAACCCACCCCUGGAUACUCUGCAUAACUUCUCUAACCAGAUAGAUAUAUCAAUGUUAUUCUUAGCCAAAUUCAGUGCACUCCCAACAGCUGUUACUGAAGGAAGAUACCAAGAAAAAAUCCCCUUUCAUCAGAGACAGUGUCCAUGUUGUAGAGGAAUAAUUGAGCUGAUGGAACAUGUUAUUUUGUAUUGCCCUUUCUCUGCAAGUGCUGAUCCCGAAUUAUUUGCAUUCCCUACUAAAUAUCCUGGUCAUUCAGAUUUCUUUUAUCUCAAUGUUAUUUUUGGAUCUGAUAUUAUUUCCCUGACCAAGUACUGUUUUAUAAUCUGCAAUGUACCCCAAAGUAUUAACACUUAACAUUUUAGAUAUUUAUUUUUCCUUUUACCUUAAUUCUGACUCUUGUGUUUUAUUUGCUGGUUUAUGACAGAAUAAAGAUUGAUUAGAUUUGAUGGAAAAGCUCACAAUGAAAGUAUAUUGAAUAUGAAUUCAAAUUCAAGCUACAUGAAAAUUUUAUUACAGGAUAAAGUGGAGCUGCUUUUAAUUAAAAAUGCCUAACACUAAAAUCAAAUCUCGGCAUAGACACAAAGUUAGUCAAGAAAGUGGCCGGCGUGAAUUAGUCUCCAGAUCCUUGCAAAGUGCUCAACAUUGUUUGGAGAAUCAGGACUUUGGAACUGCAUAUGCUCACUAUCUCUUGGUGUUAAACAUAGCUCCUGAAUUUAAAAAUGAUGUUAAGGAAACAUUUCAAUUUACCCUUUUUAAAUGGGCAGAAGAACUGGAUUCUCUUGCACGAAUUCAAGAUUUAUUUGAUUGCUAUGAGCAUGCCCUGGAAUUAUAUCCUAAUGAUGAAGUCAUAUACAACAGUAUGGGGGAACAUCUUUUCAGGCUGGGCUUCAGAGAUGAAGCAGCUGCAUAUUUUCAUAAAGCUGUGAAGUUAAACCCUGACUUUCCUGAUGCAAAGGAGAACUUUUAUCGGGUUGCCAACUGGGUGGUAGAACGGUGGCAUUUCAUUAUGCUUAAUGAUUACAGUAGAAACUUUCUGUAUCAAAAAGCAAUUCAGAAAGCAGUUCAUUCAGGUUAUAGAAGUGUGCUUGAUAUUGGAACAGGAACGGGAAUUCUCAGUAUGCUAGCUAAAAAGUCUGGAGCAUCUCCUGUCUAUGCUUGUGAAUUGUCAAAGACCAUGUAUGAAUUGGCUUGUGAAGUGCUAGCUGCAAACAAUUUGGAUGGAGAAAUCAAACUUCUUCACAUGAAAUCCUUUGAUAUAGAAAUUCCAAAGCACAUACCUGAAAGAGUUUCCCUUGUUAUCACCGAAACAGUAGAUUCUGGAUUAUUUGGUGAGGGAAUUGUAGAAAGUUUGAUUCAUGCUUGGGAACACUUACUUUUACCACCAGAGCCCAAGAAUGGUAAAGAUAAUUCUAAAAACUAUGGUAAAGUUAUUCCAGCAGGCGCUACUAUGUGGGGCAUGGCAGUGGAAUGCAAAGAGAUACGCAGACAUCAUAGAGUGGAGGUAAAAGAAAUUGCUGGUGUCUGUUUGCCAGAAACACUGAAAUUUUGCAGUCCAACUUCUGCUCCUCUAAAGUCCAGUGAAACCCUUGAACCUUACACUACUGAAAAACUCAGCAGAAUACCUGGUGGUUAUACAGCUCUAACAGACAUUUUUCAAGUUCUGACAGUCAAUUUUAAUAAUUUGCAGGAGCUAAAAAAUUUGUCCACCAGUAAACCAUCUAAGAUAAAUAUACCCAUUAUUAAAGAUGGAAUACUAGAUGCUGUUGUAGUCUGGUUUACACUGCACCUUGAUGAUGAACUUACUCUUUCUACAAGUCCAAAUGUGGACACGUGUUGGGAGCAAGCAGUCUAUCCUGUACAAGGUCUCCUUGAUCAUUCUGUGAAAUCUGGAGAUUGUGUUGCAAUGGAAAUUUGCUGCCAUGACUGCUAUCUAAGGAUUCAAAGAAUUUCCAUUAAGACUCCAGGAUAUGAAAUGGAUGUUGAAAGAAACUUGAAGGAGAAGAAUAGCGAAGCUGAACUCUGUAGUGCUCUAGCCAGUCUUCAGACAGCAAGCACACUGGAAAAUGUCUGCCAAGAAUGUAUGCUAGAAUCCACUGAAAUUGCUUUAUUAAAUAAUAUGCAGUAUCAUGAAUGCUUUAAAAUCGCAAUAGGAAAAGUGUUGUCAUCAUUCAGCCACCAUGAAGAGUCACAUUCAAUGGAUGUGGUUGGUCACCAUCAUGAGUUUGGAAAGAACCAGAGCAAAAAUUCUGUAACUGUUGAUCCUCUGUAUAUAUUGGAUGUAUCAGAAGGCUUUUCAAUUUUGCCAGUAAUUGCAGGUAAAUUUGGGGCAGUUAAAGCAUACAGCUCAGUUGAAAAAGACCACCACCAAGUAGCUCUCAGUUUGAUUUCAGAAGCCAACCAAUUUCCCAGAGAAACAUUAGAGUUUUGGCUUAGACAUCUACAAGAUGAAAACAAGGUACUACAAAGACCUAAGUCUGACAAAUUAUGGAAUAUUAUAAUACUGGAUGUCAUAGAAACCUCUGGUUUAAUUCAGCAGGAUGUGAUGGAAAAAGCUGCAAUAUCUAGGUGUCUGCUUCACUCUGGAGGAAAGAUAUUCCCAGACCAUGUGAAAAUAUAUGGAAUGCUUGUAGAAUCUAAUUUAUUAUUUCUUGAAUCUGCUGUUCAAGGGACAGAUCCCACACUUGGUUUCAACAUAGCACCUUUUAUCAACCAGUUCAAGGUUGAGAUUCGUAAAUCGGGUCAAGUGACUGGUAUUCCAUUUUGGUAUCAUGUAUAUUUGGAUAAUGAUAUUGUUUUGGAUACAUCAAGCAAGUCAUCUCACUGGAAACAAGCUGCCAUUGUGCUUGAUAAACCCAUUCAGGUUCAAGAAGGAGAAAAGCUUAUUCUAAGUAUUCAGUAUUAUAAAAGCAACAUCAGUGUGGUAGUAAAACAGUAAGAUAACAGCUUUUCUUAAUUAGAUUUGAAUGUCUACAUUCCAAAUUUAUGUUCUAUGAUAUAGUAAUAAUCUUGCUAAAAUGUUUAAGAUACUUGUUCAAUUUGUGGAAGAAGUUAAUCUGAACAGAACAUUUUAUAAUGUUGCAAAACAUUGUUUCUCAAUUGCAAAAAAAAUACUAUUAGAUUUUUGGACUUGAAGCAUUGCUUUUUUAUAUUGUAUAAAAUUACUAAAUAAAAAGUAUAAAAUAUAUUAAAUGGGGAUUCUACAAUAUGCCUGCUUUUUCUUACAUGUUUACAGAUUACUAAAAUAGUGAAUUAACUGGCAAAAAAAUUGUUUUUUAGAUCAUUAGCCCUAAAGAACAUGAAAUGGUACCCCUUAAUUUUAUAAUGAAGAAAAUACCUUGAUGUUUGAUGUUAAAAUGGUUCUAGUGUAUUUAUAAGUCUUCAUUUUUAGAGAACCAAUAAAUGUUUGUAAUUUGUUUCCUGAUUGGGAAAAAAGAAUGUUUUGUUCAAAACUAUUUUAUAAUACAGAAUACAAAGUAAAGAGCAGAGUAUAUAAUUAUUUUGUAGCUCAUCCAAUA